CUUAGAUCUCAGCGUUACCAGCCUGCCAAACGGAUCUUUCAGCAGAUUGACACCGAGGCUUGUGGAGUGGCCGUGAGAUGUGCUAACCUUCUUACUCAGUGGAAUGCAUCCCCAAUGCAAGCGAUAGCUCCUCAACAAAUGAAGCAGUCUGCUCGGCUCGACCUAGACAACACUGGUGACACUGAAGUGGAGUUUUGAGAGAAGGCUUCAUUGUCAGACAAGAAAUUAAACCAAAUUCUUGCCCGCUCUUUCAGGUGGAAUUAUCUUGAGGAACAGUUUCAGGAUAUUACUCUGGAAUAACUCCAUCUUCCUGGUAUUAAACCAGUGUUGGGAAAAAGACAUCAUUUAACUUGCUUAAGAAAGACGCCACAGCCAAGAAAGCUCACCAGUGCCUCUAGUUCUUCAGGAAGCUAAAGAAACUUGACGUGACUGACCAAAAAUAAUGGAAUUCAGUGGUGAAAAUGUUGACUAUUAUUUUGAUGAUCCCAACGCUACUGUUGAUUACGGAGAUAUGGUACCAUUGUGUACAAUGAAAGACUACAGGAAACUUUCAUCAAUGCUCAUUCCAAUUUUGUAUUCAGUCAUCACUGCCAUGGGCAUCAUUGGCAAUGGUUUGGUCGUGUUAACCUAUUUGUUUUACAAGAGGGUUAGGUCUAUGACUGAUAUGUAUCUAAUGAAUUUGGCCAUAGCUGAUAUACUGUUUGUGGUUACUCUGCCAUUCUGGGCUGUAGAUAUCCCUACAGGCUGGAUCUUUGAGGAUAUUGGGUGUAAAAUUCUCAAGGGCAUAUACAGUAUCAACUUUUACAGUGGCAUGUUAUUGCUCGCUGUUAUUAGCAUUGAUCGUUAUAUUGCUAUUGUUCAUGCAACAAAGUCUUUUAAUUACAGGGGAAAAGCACUGGUUUACAGUAAAAUUAUUUGUUUCGCCAUCUGGCUUGCUGGAAUUGUUGUAUCCUUACCAACAUUCAUUUUUAGCACAAUGUACAAGUUCGAGACAACAGGAAAAAUGGUAUGUGAGAUUAGAUAUCCAAAAAGCUAUUCAAGUAUAGGGAAAGCAGUUGCUCCAACAGUACAACUAACACUUGGUUUCUUUGUACCUCUGUUAAUCAUGGUUUACUGUUACUCUCUGAUAAUUAAGACACUUCUCCAAGCUAGAAACUUCCAGAGGCAUAAGGCAUUUCGGGUUGUAAUAGCAGUAGUAGCAGCAUUUGUUGUUUGUCAAGUGCCAUACAAUGUCGUUGUAGUUUAUGAUUUAUUUAGGACACUUGACUGUGAUACUUUCCAAUCAAAGGCUAUUGUGCGCACAGUGACACAAUCCUUUGCCUUUUUCCAUUGUUGUCUGAACCCUGUCCUUUACGCCUUUAUUGGUGUUAAAUUCAGAUUUUAUUUCUUGAAGAUUAUCCAAGACAUCUGGUGCUUAAGCAAAAAGUACAUUACAUUUCGUCACACCUUGGCAAGGCCUUCCAGUGAAACAUUUGUGUCAAGGCGCACAUCUGACUUUGACAUUGACAACCCAUCAUCUUUUACUGUGUGAUAAUCAGUUUUUUUGUAAAUUUCACAACAAAUAUUUAAGUACUAUUCUAUUCUGUAAAAUCUCUUCUCAUUUUAAAUUCCACAUACUAUUUAGGAUUAUAAGUAUAGUCCUUGAGGCCUUGUACACUCUUUCCCUCCACAGACCAUUUAUAUUUCACCCCUUGAGUGAAUCUCUUAAAUAUAUUAAUGAAGAUUCACUAUAGUAAAUAAAUUCCAUGGAAAUAAAACUGUAUAAAGUUCUGUUCCUUGGCACAAAAAUAAAUCCAAGGUUUCAAACCUGUUAUUCAUAAAAAUUCAAUUCUGAUGAGAAAUGUUUCACAGGUUUUUUUACAUUUUAAAAGGGAGGAGAGAAGCAUAUUUUAAUACAAGAUAUUACAGAGAUAUCAGAAGAAUAUUAAUAAUCUAGUAGCACAGUUGUAUGCAGUGCCAUAACAUCAUACAUUACUGGUUUUCACACACAAUAAACCACUUUGCAAGAUCUACUAUAGGAAGUGAAGGAUAAUUGGAAAACUCAGAACAGCAUUCAGCAUUUCCUCCAAAAUAAAUUAGAAGCAUGAAGUCUGUGGAAUUCCCUUUGGAAUCAUUUUGUUGAGGAAAAUGUAGGUGGCGUGAGUGAGCCACAGAGGAGUGAGGGAAAGAACAAACCCAGGUAUACAUUGAAAAAUGGGAAAAGAUUGGAAAAGUCUGCAGCUGGACCCCAGCUGAGUUUAGCAUUUUUUAGCAACAACCCAGAGUCAUUCAUAGACAAUUCCACAAUUUGCAAUGUAAUCAAAGUUGACAAGUAGGUAAAUAAAACCUGAAACUAAUCAAAAAAGUAUAGUGACAGUGUAGGAACCACAAUUCCAUCGAAUAACUGAUAUAUAUCCUUAUAGCCUUUAAGACCAAUUUACACCUGAUACAUUAUGAAACAGCUUUGCAAGAGCCUGUUUAUUCACUCACAGGAUAAGGAUGUGGCUGGCUAGACUGUUGUUUAUUGCUCAAGCCUGAGUGGCUUCCUGGGCCAUUUCAGAGACCAGUGGAGAAUCAACCACAUUGCUAUGUCUGAAGUUGCAAAUAGGCAGAUUUCCUUCCCUGAAGGACAUUCACAAACCAGAUGGGAUUUUAACAGAAAAUGGUAGUUUCAUGGUCACCCUUACUGAUAAUGGGAGGCUAAUAGGGAGAAUGUCACAGCAGUACUCGGAGAGGACAUACUGGAAGGCUCAUCCACAGAGACAAUUUGGGUCGAGCUCAGAAAUAGGAUAGGUGCAAUUAUGUUGAUGGGAUUAUGCUAUAGGGCCCUCAAUAGCCACCAAGAAGUGGAGGAACAGAUUAUUGAAAGGUGAAGAAACAACAGGGUUGUCAUAGUGGGGGACUUUAACUUCCCCAGUAUUGAUUGGAACUUCCUUAAUACAAGAAGCUUGGAUGGGGCAGGAUUUCUUCAGUGCAUCUAAGAGGGGUUCUUGAAACAGUGUGUGGAGAGAACAUACUGGACCUAGUUUUGGGAAAUGAGCCAGGCCAGGUGACAUACCUGAUAGUGGGUGAACAUUUUGGGAAUAGUGACCACAACUCAUUAUGUUUUAAGAUAGUUAAGAGUAGGGGUAAAAUCGGAUCUUGUGGGAAGGUACUAAAUUGGGGGAGGGCAAAUUACGACAGGGUAAGACAGGAGCUAAGGGGCAUUGACUGGGAGCAGCUGCUGUUGGACAAGGCCAUGUCUGACAUGUGGGAGUUCUUUAAAGACCAGCUGAUCGGAGUUGAGGAUUGGCAUGUAAGGAGUAAGGAGCAAGGACAAGGAUGGUAAGGUAAAGGAACCUUGGAUAACCCGAGAGGUUCUAAAUUUAGUCAGAAGAAAAAGGAAGCAUACGUAAGAAUUAGGAGCCUAAAUUCAGACUGGGCCCUUGUGGAAAAUAAAGAUAGCAGGAAAAUGCUCAAGCAGGUGAUUAGGAAAGCCAAAAGAAGACAUGAAACAUCCUUAGUGAGCGGGGUCAGGGAUAAUCCCAAGGCAUUUUAUACUUAUUAAGAAAAAGAGGAUAAUGAAGGAGAGGGUAGGUCCACUCAAGGAUAAAAGAGGGAAUUUGUGCUUAGAGUCAGAGCAAGUGGCUGAGGUACUAAAUGAGUACUUUGCAUCGAUAUUUACUGAGAAGAAAUUGGAGCAUAGUGAAAACAAAUUGGGGCAUGCUAAUGUGCUGGGACAUUUUGAGGUUAAGGAAUUGGUAGUGUUGGGUCUUCUGAAAAGCAUUAAGGUGUAUAAGUCCCCAGGGUCUGAUGGCAUAUAUCCCAGAAUGUUGAAAAAAGCAAGUGAGGAGAUUGCCGGGGCUUUGACAAGGAUCUUUGUGUGCUCACUAGCAAUAGGCGAAGUCCCAGAAGACUGGAGAGAAGCAAAUUUUGUGUUUUUGUUCAAGAUGGGAAAUAGGGAUAAUCCAGGUAAUUAUAGGUCAGUGAGCCUCACAUCAGUGGAAGGGAAGCUAUUGGAGAGGAUACUGAGGGAUAGGAUUUAUGCACAUUAGGACAGUCAGCAUGGCUUUGUGCAGGGCAGGUCAUAUCUUACAAAGCUGAUUGAGUUUUUUGAGGAAGAGGCAAAGAUGCUUGAUGAGGGUAAGGCAGUGGACAUUAUCUACAUGGACUUUAGUAGGGCAUUUGCCAAGGUCCUUCAUGGUAGGUUGAGUCAGAAGAUAAAGAUGCAUGGGAUCCAGAGUGAAUUGCAAGUUUGGAUUUGGAACUGGCUUGUCCAUAGAAAACAGUGAGAAGCAGUGGAAGGCUGUUAUUCUGGCUGAAGGUCUGUGACCAGUGGUGCUCCACAAGGAUCGGUGUUGGGACCUCUGUUGUUUGUGAUAUACAUCAAUGAUUUGGAUGAAAAUGUGGAUAGGUGAAUUAGUAAGUUUACGGAUGACACUAAGAUUGGUGGAGUUGUGGACAGUGUAAAGGACUAUCAUGAGCUAUAAGGAAAGGUUGGACAAACUUGGGUUGUUCUCCUUAGAGCAUCAGAGGCUGAGGGGAGACCUGACAGAGGUUUCUAAAAUUAUGAGAGGCAUAGAUAGGGUAGACAGUCAGAUAGGGUAAAGAGUUCCAAGGAUGUGCAUUGUUUUAUUAUCACAAGAGAAAAAUGUUAUCAGAUUAGAGAUGCAUAAUCAGAGUCAUCAUUCAUACUUGGACGCAAACAUUCUUAUGAUUUUAUCUAUUAAUUUUGUUCUUACGUACCAGAUUACAAUAGUUCAGCCUUGAUCUCACACUUUUGAAAGCUUUGGAAAGAUGGGAUAUUAAAAUGCAUUGUUAUAAACCAGAAAUUGAAAUACAGGUAGGCGAGAUUUUAUUUGAAUGAAAAUACUUUCAGCACUCGGUUAUAGGUCAAAAGUGUGUAGAUAGACUGACACCACAGUUUGAUUCUCUAGAUGACAAGCUAUAAAUUUAAAAAAGCACAACCUAUAGGACAUAAAGGGAUUCAAAGGGGCAAACCAAUCCCACGCACCUUCCACUGACCGUGGAAACACUAUUGUUAAGCGGACAAAUAAGCUGCAAAAAUGCCUUUUCCAGACAGCGCAUAUCAUUAUUUCUCAGAAUUAUAAACAAGAAUUAAAGAGUAGGGCCAUAAUUUUUAUUUUCACUUUCAAGCAUUUUUAAGAGUAAGUAUUUUUAAAUAUUAUAAUAGAGACAAAACAUGUUUUUUUCAUUCAAAUGGGCAAGCUAAUUAUCUCGAAUUUUCACUGAAAAUACAACAAAUGCAUAACUUGCAACCCAAACAAUUGUGUUGCUCAAUAAUUUCACAAUUAUUUUUACAGAAUAUUAAAGAUGCAGUAAAGUUAAAAUGCUUAAAAUAUUUUGGUAAUGUUUCAGUCUGAAUGUUAACUGAUAUUUGUGUUCUCCAUAAUUGUAUGGAGCUCAUGUUGUUUAAGAAAAUCAUUCUUCUGUUUAAUGUAAAUUACACACUGUUUAAUUACACACACUGCUCUUAAAAAUAAUUGUAUAGAAUUUACAGUCCAGAAAUAAUCCAUUUGGCCCAAUUGGUCUAUGAAAGUAUUUACGCUACAUUUUAGUUAGCCUCCUCUUAAAUGUGUAACUGAAGAUUACAUCAUUUGAUCAAGAUGUCCAAAACCACUGAAGCUGGUAACUGUGAAAAGAACUACAGAAUCAAUUACUUAUUCUUGGGUAAUUUGAUGACUGCUCUGAACGUUCUCCCAUGAAAUACAAUAACUAAAGUGUUGUAGAUGAUUGAUUAUGCUAAGAAGUAGGUAUCUUCUUCUUCUCUGUGUAAAAUUGCUGAACGUGGGUAAUCAAUUCAGCAACGUGUUAAAAUUUACAUUUUACUGUACACUGUCAUGUUGUACUAAAUCUUUUGCCUUCUGAUGUACAAAUAGGAUCUUGGAGAGUUUAAAGAUAAGCUGAUCACUGGAAGUUCAUUUUCAAUAGUAGAGUACUUACUAGAGUUUCUCCUUUUCCCUGAUAGCUUUUGUUUUAUAAUUGUAAAUAUAGUAUGCAUUUUGUAUUUUGUCACAAUUUUUAAACCUGAUAAAUGCAGAUUCAUUUUGUAGGUGCAAUUCUGACAUGUAGCAUUUUAAUUGCCAAUGUCAAUGAAAGAACAGGACAAGGGUCUAUUUUUAAUGAAAGUGUUCAAAACAGGGAUGUCAUUUUAGUGUAUUGACUUCAUGUAAAUAUAUUAUCAGGUCAAUUAUUGUAUCAGUUCAAAAUUAUUUUUAAGACAAUUGUAUAAUGUGUAUUCUAGCUACUUUUGAGGUGAGUUAUUAUUCUGCCAGAACGGACUGUUAAAAUGGGAUUUCUAUGCAAGCUGUUGCUGGCUACUCAGGGAGUAGACUGAAACCCCAAAUGUUAUUAUUCUCCUCUGGAUGGUAAAAUAAUGGUAAUCUUCAUUGUCCGUCUUUUGAUUGUUGGACCACCCAUGUGUUACGAGAUCAUGUAGGCGCAUAAACAAUAGAGGUCCUCCUUUCUGAAGGAACUCGGCACUGAAAUGGGAAGCUCAUUUUGCUCCUUUACUGAGCCACGCUGCUGUGGAAAAUGCUGACCUGACCACUUCCAAAAGGAGAAGACAAAAAAGUGACAGAAUGAGAUGCACCUUUGCUGCCUUCCUUGAUGGUCAGUUCACAAAUUAUUUGUAAUGGGUCCUUGUGAACACAUAUGCAUCACCUGGAGUCAAGACAGAUGUAAGCUGCAAAGCAGCUGAGUAAAAUGCCAAUUUUCAAUAAAAAUGUUUGUGUGAAAGUGGUACUGUUACUC